CUUUCAGUGAUGGCGUCUGCAGAUCUAAGAGACGAGCUGACCUGCUCUAUCUGUACGGGCAUGUAUACAGAUCCUGUAACCCUGCCAUGUGGACAUAGCUACUGCCGGGUCUGUAUCACAAGAACAUGGGACAACCAGGAGGACAGAGAAUAUUCCUGUCCUGAAUGCAGACACGGGUUUAGGGUAAAACUAAACCUGCAAGGUGCUCUAAGAUUGCGUAACAUAGUGGAGAUUUUCCUAUCUACUCACCCAGAGCAGGAGGAGGUUGGGAUCUCCUGUACUUACUGUGUUCACUCUCCUGUACCUGCUGCUAAAACAUGUCUGCACUGUGAAGCUUCUCUUUGUGAAGUCCACCUGAGGGUCCACAGCAAGACAGCAGAACAUGUCCUAAUUGAACCCACAACUUCACUGGGGAACAGGAAAUGCUCCGUCCACAAGAAAGUCCUGGAGUAUUACUGCUCUGAGGAUGCUGCCUGUAUCUGUGUGUCCUGCAGUCUGACUGGAGAGCACAGGGGACAUCAGGUGGAGACUGUGAAUGUGGCCUCUAAGAUGAAGAAGGAGAAACUGAGAAAUAUUCUGCAGAAACUGACCUCAAAGAGAGAGGAGGCUGAGAAAAGAGUCCAGAGCCUGCAGGAGCUCAGGAGGAAAGUGUCAGAAAAAGCAGCCGGGGUAACAGAGGAAGUCACUGCCCUGAUUAGGGGCAUCAAGGAACAGCUGGAAGCCCUAGAGAAGCGAGUCCUGAGUAAGAUCUCCAGGCAGGAAGAGCAGGCCUCACUCCAAGUCUCAGAUCUAAUCCGGCAGCUGGAAAUAAAGAAGAAGGAUCUGUCCAGGAAGAUGGGUCACAUUGAGGAGCUGUGUAACAUGACGGACCCAUUAACUGUCUUACAAGGACGGGAAUCAGACAGCGCUGAGUUUUGUGAUACUGAGGAGGAAGAUAAUGAGGACAGAGAGAGAGAUGAUAACAAGGUCCGUGCUGUAGGGGAUAUGGAUAUGGGUCUGAUCUCAGUGACUUUAUACUCAGGCUUAGCUGGGAUUGUGACCGGAGUAAAGAGACUGCUCCAUGUACCGGCUAAUAUAUUACCGGGUGUAAACACGGCUUCAGACAUGUUAGUGGACAUGUUACUGGAUGUAAACACGGCUUCAGACAUGUUACUGGGUGUAAACACGGCUUCAGACAUGUUACUGGGUAUAAACAUGGCUUCAGACAUGUUACUGGAUGUAAACACGGCUGCUAAUCAUGUAACUGUAUCGGGUGAUAUGAAAACUGUAUCCUGGUCAGUAAUAAACCAGAGACGCCCAGAAACACCAGAGAGAUUUCAGUCUAAUCAGGUUCUAAGUUCCAGGAGUUUCUCCUCAGGGCGACAUUACUGGGAAGUGGAGGGCAGUGAAUCAGGGGGAUGGGCGGUAGGGAUGGCCUAUCCCAGUAUAGCCAGGAAAGGAGGUCAGUCAGGGAUUGGAUAUAAUAACAAGUCCUGGGGUUUGGGGACGGGGUAUAAUAAUCAGUAUAUUGUGACACAUGACAGUAAAGGAAUCCAUUUACCCCCCCGCUCCUCUUCCAGCCGGAGAUUAGGGAUAUUCCUGGACUACGAGGCCGGGCGGCUGUCCUUUUAUGAGCUGUGUGACCCCAUCAGACACUUGCACACCUUCACUGCCACCUUCACUGAGCCGCUUCAUGCUAUAUUCAGGGUAUAUUGGGAUAAUACCUGGCUGAGAAUUUUCUGUAUUGAAUGAUUUAUUAAUCUAAUUAAAGAGAUUUAACUGGA